GUAGACUACCAUCCAAAACUUUACCACGCUACAAGACAAGAAGCUCUAUCGCAGAGCAAUCGUUUGAUAUUUUUGUGUAUUUUGAAGGGAUAGUCUUUAUUCUCGUAUUGUGCCAAUAGAUCUUGUGCUAUAUCUAACGUUUGAUUUUGUUUUUGAACACCUUUUCAUCAUGUCUGAUGAUGACGAGCCUACCGGUUUCAUCAAAAGGCAGAAAGUUAUUCACUAUGGCAGUCUCGAGGAUCGUGAAAAGUCCAGGCUCGCUGCCGGGGACGCGAAGGCGGGUAACGCAACCUCACGUAGUUUGAUCGAAGCAGGGAAGGAAGCAGGUCAUAUAAACAUCACAGAUGGAAGUCAUUUUGACUUGGAGGCCAGUGAAUCUGCCAUGCAAGCAGAGGCCUUGGCAGAAUUUGAAAAGAGAAAACGGGCCAGAACGAUUCAAGUCUCCACUGACGAUACAGAAGUCAAGGCUAACUUACGUCAGAUCGGAGAACCUAUCUGUUUGUUUGGGGAGGGGCCUGCAGAAAGACGAGAACGGUUACGCAAACUUUUGGCAGAGCUGGGCGAGUCGGCGCUAAAAAAGAAAAAAGAAGAGAAACAGCGAGAGCUGAAAAAGAAAGCAGAGGACAACGUAACGUGGUAUCAUCAAGGCCCGCCCUCUCUGAAGGAAGCAAGAAUGUGGAUAGCACAGUACUCCAUUCCAAGUCUGUGACCAACGACUGCAGUCAGAUCGGAGACAACCGACCCAUCUCCUACUGCUCCUUCAGCCCCAACUCCAAAAUGUUGGCUACAGCUUCCUGGCCACAACUGCAACGUGGGCUCCAUCGUGUUCCACCCGGAGGCCACAGUGGGCCUGGAGGACAGCCUGUGCUGCAUGGCUUCCUGUGGUCAAGACGGGACGGUCAAGCUCUGGAACCUGGAAAGCGAGGAGCCCCUGGCAGACAUAGAGGGCCAUGCCCCCUACCGAGUGUCGAGAGUGAAGUAUCAUCCAUCCGGUCGCUUCCUGGCCACCUGCUGCUAUGACAACUCAUGGCGUCUGUGGGACCUGGAGGCCCAGGAGGAGGUGCUACACCAGGAAGGUCACAGCGCCCCCGUCUACGACCUUGCCUUCCAGAGCGACGGCGCCCUCAAUGUCACUGGGGGGCUGGACGCGUACGCCCGUGUGUGGGACCUCCGGUCGGGUCGCUGCGUCAUGUUCCUGGAGGGUCACCUUCAGGCCGUGCUGGCCGUAGACUUCAGCGACGACGGAUACCAUGUUGCCACUGGCAGUGAGGACAACAGCACGAAAAUCUGGGACUUACGGCAGCAGAAGUGCGUCUACACGGUGCCGUCCCACACAAACAUCGUAUCUGCGGUCAAGUUUCAGCCUCACCAUGGGAACUACUUGGUUACUGCAUCGUUUGAUGGAAGUGCAAAGAUUUGGGCCCAUCCGACGUGGGCGCCUCUGAAGACGUUGGCGGGCCACGAGAGUCGCGUGAUGGGUCUAGACGUGUCCCGAGACCUCCAGUACAUGGCCACCUGCUCCUACGACAGGACCUUCAAGCUCUGGGUCACCGAGCACACCGGAGGGCUGUGAGCAACGCUCUGCUGAGUAGUCGAAGUAGUGAGACCUGUGGCUCGUUUACCACUUUGCAGUCACACAGCCAGCAGUACAAAAUACCGCAUCUGGUCACCCAGCCAGGAGAGUGACUGUGCUACGAACUUCUCGGGCUUGGUGCAGAACUGUGCAAGGUGACCGGAACGAACAAUUUUCUCCAGCGCAUUUUUGCGUCAAGUGACCACAAAGUGUUAAUGGGGGAGG